AUGCGUCUUAUCAACACAAAGACGCUCCGGCUGAGCGAGUUCUUCGGCGAUGCGGUCCCCGAGUACGCCAUCCUCUCCCACACAUGGGGCGACGAGGAGGUCGACUUCCGCAGCUGGUCCAUCGUCCAGGACUUCGACGCCGAGGAGGCCAACCCUUCUGGCGCCCAGCGUCGCCGCCGCCGCCUCCGCGCGGCCUGGCCCCUUGGCGGUGGGUCCCGCGACGACCCCGUGGCCGACGAGGUGCAGCGCAUAAAGGCGCUCUCGGGCUACGCCAAGGUCGUGGCCGCCGCGGGGCUCGCGCUGCGCGAGGACGGCCUCGAGUGGGUGUGGGUCGACACGUGCUGCAUCGACAAGUCGAGCUCGGCGGAGCUGUCCGAGGCCAUCAACUCCAUGUUCCGGUGGUACGCCGGGGCGGCCGUCUGCUACGCGUACCUGGUCGACGUGCCGGGCGGGCUGACGGAGGAGCAGUGCGGGGCCGAGGGCAGCGCGUUCCGGGCGAGCCGCUGGUUCACGCGCGGGUGGACGCUGCAGGAGCUCAUCGCGCCGCGCGAGGUCGACUUCUACGCGCGCGACUGGACGCCGCUGGCCAAGAAAGGGCACGUCCUGCAGACGCUCGAGGAGGUCACCCACGUGUCGUACUUUGCGCUCUCGCACGACUCGGAGCUGUCCGAGUUUACCAUCGCCGAGCGCAUGUCGUGGGCUGCGGGCAGGCAGACGACGCGCAAGGAGGACGUGGCGUACUGCCUGCUGGGCCUGUUUGGGGUGCACAUGCCGCUGCUCUACGGCGAGGGGGACAGGGCGUUUGUGCGGCUCCAGGAGGAGAUCAUCAGGUACGAUCCGGAUAUCUCGUUUCUCUCCUGGUGCUAUCCCAAGGAGGUCAUCCAGUAUGAUGUGGAACCUGGGACGUGGCAAGUGACAUCGACAUGCAGCGUGCUUGCAAAGAACCCGGCGUGCUUUGAUAGCGCGUCUGGGCUCAUCCCGACCUACAUUCCGGAUUGGCUGGAUGACGCUGUCAGGAGCGUCGAUUAUGAUGACUAUGACCAUGGCUACGAGGAUGAGCCAGAACCAGAAGAAGAAUCAGAUCCUCCUCUUUUCUUUAUGUAUCCGCACAGGAUCACGAAUUUGGGCUUGCUCACAUCUCGGCCGCUGAUCCGGACACUCGUGGACGGAGUGUACAUGGUUGCUCUCUCGUCUUUGGUAACGGGCUCGAAAUCUGAUGGAACGGACCACUGGAUGCCAGUCGCUGUCUGUUUCUUAGGUGUUGCAAACCGGUACACACGUCUAGCCUUCCCAAGCCCAACGGUCACAGCUCGAAGCAAACCACUCCGAGAGGCAAUAUUAGCCAUGAACUUGCUCGACCAAUUCAUGGAUCGUCACAAGCCGCAAGAAAUGUUCAUUGCUCUCGACGUCUCCAGAGGGGCGCAGCUGGUGCAGUCGAAUACACAGUCAGACGACGCUCCCGGGGUGACAGGCGUCUUCGUCACGUUCCCUGUCGAAGACGGCCAGGCCAAGGACUUGGACCUGUCUGUCUGGCCGCCCAAAACCACGCCUGGAAAACUGCCCUUCAUAGAGCUUCGGGGGAAAUCAGAGCAGAGGCUGUCGUACGGGCUGCUGCAUUUUUAUGACGAACACAAUGCGGUGUCCUAUGGGGUCCUCUUUGUGGCGGAAACGGAUGCGAGCGGCAAGCCCACCAAAUGGACUUGCCGGGUCAUAGAACGGGCUGGAAGAAUACUUGGCCACUCUGUGGAAGGAUGGGUUGAGGAUGAGUUGAGCAAGGCCAUGGAGAGCUGCUCAGAGGAUCAGCCGUGGCCGACUACGCAUAUCAUGGAGCGGAAGUGCGCAGUGGUGAUGGAAGAUUCGCUCUGGACGGGGAAAAGGCGCGGCGUGCCCUCGAAGUCGUACGGGCGGCAUGCGUUCCACACGCUGAUGGCGCAUAUCAUCUUCUACUACCCAGUGCCCGCUGCCUGCUGA